GUCAACCCAUCAUGUCAAAAUCUGAUGUCUAUGGAAGAGAUUCCUUUAAAAGGUGUGGGGUCUUGGCAGGUUCUCUUACAUCGAUCACCUAAGAGUCACUCUGUAAGAAGCAACAACCUCUCCUCGUCGUCUCCACCAUCCGCUUGAAAGCCACAAAGCAGCAACCAUGCUUGAGUGCAUCUCCAUCCAUGUCUGCCAGGCUGGUGUCCAGAUCAGCAAUGCCUGCUGGGAGCUCUAUUGUCUGGAACAUGGCAUCCAGCCCGAUGGCCAGAUGCCAAGUGACAAGACCAUUGGGGGAGGAGAUGACUCCUUCAAUACCUUCUUCAGUGAGAUGGGCGCUGGCAAGCAUGUGCCCAGGGCAGUGUUUGUAGACCUGGAACCCACGGUCAUUGAUGAAAUUCACACUGGCACCUACUGCCUGCUCUUCCACCCUGAGCAGCUCAUCACAGGCAAAGAAGAUGCUGCCAACAACUAUGCCUGAGGGAACUCCACCAUUGGCAUGGAGAUCAUUGGCUUUGUCUUGGACCGAAUUCACAAGCUGGUUGACCAGUGCACAGGUCUUCAGGGCUUCUUGGUUUUCCACAGCCUUGGUGGGGGUGCUGGGUCUAGGUUCACCUCCCUGCCGAUGGAAUGUCUCUCUGUGGAUUAUGGCAAGAAGUCCAAGCUGGAGUUCUCCAUUUACUCAGCCCCCCAGGUUUCCACAGCUGUAGUUGAGCCCUGCAACUCCAUCCUUACCACCCCGGAGCACUCUGAUUGUGCCUUCAUGGUAGACAAUGAGGCCAUCUCUAACAUCUGUCG